GGAAAAACAAACAAAGUGCAGUCGCAGCAUCAGCUGUUAGCGUCGAGCUUCUUGACAUUAAAAGGACGGAGCAACAGCAGCAGCUUUGGGAGAGAGACCGUCAUUCAUCAUGAAGUGUCUGGUGUUCAUGCUGUUGGUGGCGCUGAGCAGCGCUAAAUUCUUGGAACGCUGUGAAUGGGCGCGAAUGCUGAAGGCGCAGGGGAUGGACGGCUAUAAAGGCUACAGCAUCAGCGACUGGCUUUGUUUGACCCAGAGCGAGUCGUAUUAUAACACCAAAGCCACCAACCACGACUCUGACGGCUCCACCUGCUAUGGCAUCUUCCAGGUCAACAGCUACUAUUGGUGUUACGACGGCCAGGGGCACACUUCAAAUUUAUGUCAAGUCAACUGCAGCGAACUCCUGAAGGACGACGCCGUUGCGGCGAUCAAGUGUGCCAAAUAUGUCGUUCAGUAUCACAACGGCAUGAACGCCUGGGUUUCCUGGGGGCGUCACUGUGAGGGUCGUGACCUGAGCUACUUCGUGAGUGGAUGUGGAGUUUAACCGACGUCUGGAACCUGCAGAGCCACGUCUCUUAUUCAUGGUUAUAAAUUAAUGAUGCUUAUUUUAAAAACCACAAUAAAAUGUUGAUUUGACAAAGAUUCCACCCUGUGUUCAUUGGUCGUACACCAACACUUUGGGUGAAUCAAUAAUUCUCCAGAAAAACUGCUGC